AUGAGAGGCUUCGCCGCCCUCUCCUUCGCAGCCUGCGCUGCAGCUGCUGUUGUUCCAUCCUUCAGCACCGGCACCAUCCACGAUGGGGUCGCCCCCAUCCUGAGCUCGUCCAACGCCGACGCCAUCCCCAACCGCUACAUCAUCAAGUUCAAGAAGCAUGUGACUGACUCACACGCCGCCGACCACCACACCUGGCUGAGCUCGGUCCACUCCGCCAGCCAGGAGUCCCGCGAGCGUGAGCUGCGGAAGCGUGGCCAGUUCCCUCUCGUCGACACUGUCUUCGAGGGUCUUAAGCACACCUACAAGAUCGGCGGUGCCUUCAUGGGCUACGCCGGUCACUUUGAUGAUGCCACCAUCGAGGAGAUCCGAAGACAUCCUGACGUUGAGGCCAUCGAGCAAGACACCGUCGUCCACACGAUGAAGUACGAAGCUCAGGAGUCUUGUGACGGCGAGACCGAGAAGAUGGCCCCAUGGGGUCUCGCUCGUGUCUCCCAUCGCAACUCCCUUUCCUUCGGCACUUUCAACAAAUACCUCUAUGCCGAGGACGGUGGCGAGGGCGUCGACGCCUAUGUCAUUGACACCGGCACCAACACUGAGCACGUUGACUUCGAGGGCCGCGCCCACUGGGGCAAGACCAUCCCCAACGGUGAUGCCGACGAGGAUGGCAACGGACACGGCACCCACUGCUCCGGAACCAUCGCCGGAAAGAAGUACGGAGUCGCGAAAAAGGCCAACGUCUAUGCUGUCAAGGUUCUCCGCUCUAACGGUAGUGGCACAAUGGCGGAUGUCAUUGCUGGCGUCGACUUCGCUGCCACUUCCCACCAGGACGCGGUCAAGGCUGCCAAGAAUGGCAAGCGCAAGGGCUUCAAGGGCUCCGUCGCCAACAUGUCUCUCGGUGGUGGCAAGACCAACCUGCUCGACCAGGCUGUUAACGCUGCCGUCGACGCUGGUCUUCAUUUCGCAGUCGCCGCAGGCAACGACAACGCGGAUGCAUGCAACUACUCGCCUGCUGCCGCUGACAAGGCCGUCACCGUCGGUGCCUCGGCAAUUGACGACAGCCGUGCCUACUUCUCCAACUACGGAAAGUGCACUGACAUCUUUGCCCCUGGCCUGAGCAUCCAGUCUACUUGGAUCGGAAGCAAGACCGCGGUUAACACCAUCUCGGGAACUUCCAUGGCCUCUCCCCAUAUCUGCGGUCUUCUGGCCUACUACCUGUCCCUGCAGCCCUCCUCCGACUCUGAGUACUCCGUCGCUGCCAUCACACCUAAGGAGCUCAAGAGCCAGCUGAUCAGCAUUGCCACCGUUGAUGCCCUCACUGAUAUUCCCCGGGACACCCCCAACCUGCUGGCCUGGAACGGCGGCGGUUGCAGCAACUACUCGUCCAUCGUCGAGGGCGGUAGCUACGUCGUUAAGCCCGAGGAGAGGAAGUCGAGUGCUGAUGAGAAGGUCCUCGAGUCGGUCUCAGAGCUUGAGAAGGCCAUCGAGAACGACUUCAAGGUCAUCUCUGGCAAGGUUACGUCGGCCGGCGAGUCCUUUGCCAACAAGGCCGAGAAGUUCUCCGAGAAGAUCCAUGAGCUCGUCGAUGAGGAGCUCAAGGAGUUUCUCGGUGAGAUCCACGCCUAA